AUGUUCUCCCUUGACACCCUCCAAAAUGCUGAUCUCGCCGAAGAAAUCGAAGCCAUCAAUGCCAUCUACGACCCCGACACCGUCACCAUAAACAGUACCCCCUCCGCCACUAACACUGCGACUCUUGAUCUGGGCAGCGCUGGCUCCGCAGCGGCCAUCGCAUCGAGUAUAAAACUGCAGCUUCCGAAUCAUCCGACUUUAUCGUUUAUUAUCGGGUUCGAAAUUUCGUAUCCAGAGACACGGCCAAGGGUUCUGGGGACUGCGUCCACGGGCGCGCGCGGGGAGGGGAAGGUCGCGGUGGAUGUGGUGGAGGAUAUUGUGGGCAGGAUACAUCAGCCUGGGGCGGUUUGUCUUUUUGAUAUUAUCAAUGAGGCCGUCGAGGCGUUUGAGGAGUUGAAUAUUGGUGGUAAUAACGAAGAAGAAGAGGAAGACGAGGAGGCUACGACUACGAAUGACCUUGCGCCAGAGGAAUUCGCUACGCUCUCGUUACGGGAUAACUUCGGAAUUGACAGUCCGCCCGACUGGAUUCUUUCUGAGGUGGUGACGGAGAAGAAAUCGAUAUUUGUCGGGCGCGCAGCGCAUGUCACCAGUCUUGCGCAAGCACAGGCAUACCUGGACCACCUGCUCGCGACGGAGAAGAAAGUGGCAGCAGCGACGCACAAUAUCAGCGCAUGGCGAAUCAGGGAGAAACGGAGUGCCAGCAAUGGCAAAGGCGAGGAAGAAGAAAUGAUUGUGCAGGACAGUGAUGACGACGGUGAGACGGCUGCGGGAGGACGACUGUUGCAUCUCAUGCAGUUGAUGGAUGUCUGGGAUGUCGUGGUGGUCGUGACAAGGUGGUACGGCGGGGUACACCUGGGCCCGGACAGGUUUCGUAUUAUCAACGCCGUUGGGCGCGAUGCGUUGAUUCGGGGUGGAUGGGAUAAGAAGAAGGAGAAUGGCAGGAACGAAAAGGGCAAGAAGAAAGGGAAGAAAUGA